CUGGGACAGGAGCUCCAGGGACCCCAGAAUAUGACUGUGUGGCUCCUCAGCCCCUCCCUUCUUAGGCAGAAAGGCACAUUCACAGGGAGGUAAGACCCUGUCUGUCAUAGCUAUGGCUCCUGAGAAGCAGCAGGACAACGGGACCUGGCUGGUGACAGAGUUCCUGCUGGUGGGAUUCUCCAACCUCCCAGAACUGAGGCCCACUCUCUUCAUCUUGUUCCUCCUCACCUACCUGGUCACACUCAGUGGCAAUGCCACCAUCAUCACCAUCAUCCAGGUGGAUCGCACUCUCCACACACCUAUGUACCGCUUCCUGGCUGUGCUCUCCCUCUCUGAGACCUGCUACACACUGGUCACCAUCCCCAAUAUGCUGGCUCAUCUGCUGAUGGAGAGCCAGGUCAUCUCCAUCUCGGGCUGUCGGGCCCAGAUGUUCUUCUUCUUAGGUUUGGGUUGUAGCCACUGUUUCCUCCUUACCCUGAUGGGCUAUGACAGGUAUGUGGCCAUCUGCCAUCCCUUGCGCUACUCUGUGAUCAUGAGACCCACCAUCUGCUUGUAUUUGGGAGCCUUGGUUUUCUGCUCUGGUUUCUCAGUGGCCUUGAUUGAGACCUGCAUGAUCUUCUCCUCUCCCUUCUGUGGCACAGGCCAUGUGGAGCACUUCUUCUGUGACAUCGCGCCUGUGCUGAAGCUCAGCUGUGCUGAGAGCUCACUCAAGGGGCUUGGCAUCUUCUUCCUGAGCAUCCUCGUGGUGCUGGUCUCCUUCCUCCUCAUCCUCCUCUCCUACGCCUUCAUCGUGGCGGCCAUUGUGAGGAUCCCUUCGGCCGCUGGCCGGCGCAAAGCCUUCUCCACCUGCGCAGCCCACCUCACAGUGGUCAUCGUGCAUUUUGGCUGCGCCUCCAUCAUCUACCUGAGGCCAGACUCUGGGGCUAACCCCUCCCAGGACCGCCUGGUGGCAGUGUUCUACACCGUGGUGACACCACUGCUGAACCCUGUGGUUUACACCCUGAGGAACAAGGAGGUGAGGGUAGCACUGAGGAAAAACCUGGCACGGGGCUGUGGAGCAUUUAAGUAGAAACUUGUAUGUGUCUAUUUGCUUCUCUAAUAAUUAAUACAAGUAUAUUUAAAAAACAAGACCUUCACCCCGGAACUCUAGUUCCCUACUGGGAAAACAGGAGGCAAUUCCAUGCCAGAUGAAGUAACUUCUGUUAUUUGCCAGUGCCUGAGAAAAUGGAACCACAGUAAAGGGUGCCUUAUCUUUAUCAUGGGUUCUUGGACUUGAUAUGGUGCAAUGUGAUCUGUAAUGCCUAAUGUUUGCCAGUGGAGGGCGCCACUGAUACAACCCAUGGAUGGAGAGGGGCAGAGGGCAGUUUUUUUCUUAAACAUUUAAAAAAUUUUUAUUAUCAUUUUAGUUUCUUAAUUUUUUCAUGUAAUAUACUUUCAUUAAAUUCUUCCUUCUCCGAGAUCCUCCUUAACUCCCUACCCACUCAACUUCAUGUUAGUGAUCCUCCCAGCAGAGAACAGUGUUUAAAGAAAAACUGUGGGUUUUAAAAUAUUAUUUGAGAACUUCAUCUAUGAGAACUCCAUUUACAUCACUUCAUCACUUCCAUUUUCCACCCCACUCCAGUGUCCACAUAGAAGUUUUAACCAGGAAAGGGAGUGAGGACUAUAGGCCAAAGGUGGAGCUCAGUGGGAAUGCAAGGCCCUGGGUUUCCCCCAUCCCCCCGUCUGUUCAAGACUGCCUUUUGGUCAGAAUCACACAUUUAAGUGCAAUU